AUGAAAUUUGAAAAAUCGACAUUUAUUCAUGGUGAAAUACCACAUUGGAAUGCCAAGUUCAUAGAAAUUUCAUUUUUGAAUAACAACAUUACAAUGAUUAUAUUUUUGCCAAAUAAAAAUAUGGAACCUGGGAAUCUGGAGUACUUGGAUAAAAAGCUUAACUUUGCAGAAUUUAAGUCAAUUAGAAAUGCAUACACAAACAAAUUUGAGCAAGAUAUGGAAUUAUAUUUACCUAAGUUUACGAGUCAAUGUCGUCAAAAUAUGACAGAAUAUUUUCAUCAGAUGGGCAUAAUUACGAUGUUCGAAGAUAAUGCGGAUUUUACACGUCUCUCAAAAAUUCCUCUAAAAGUGAACAAUAUCGUUCAAACAAUUUCCGUAACAAUUAACGAAGAAAGUUUGGAAGUUCCGAAUGUUGACAGAAACGAAGUAAGAAAACUGGUUAUCAAAUCCUUUACUAUCAAAUAUGAUACAAGCAGCGAUAGGUGUCAAAAGUAUACAUGUAACUACAUUCCGUCUCAGAGACAAAAUCUCUGUCAAUGA